AUGAUUGUAACCAAAUCCCCAACCAUGGGCCCCAGCAUCAGCGACCUGUUUUCUCCUCGGCGGGCGCGGGUUUGGGUCGCCUUCACGCUGACUUGCGCCCUGCUGUUGUUUCUUGCGCGCCAGAGGGGGGCGGCAGCGGAAUGGAACGCCGGGCAACAGCCACCGCCAAACUCGGUCGCAGCUCCAGACGAACAGGGGCCGAAGGAGGUUCAUGAAGAUGAGGUCGACUGGUCCAAGUUCGCCUAUCUUCAAUACGUAACCAACAGUCACUACCUCUGCAACUCGGUCAUGCUCUUCGGGCAGCUGCAUCAGCAUGGCAGCAAGGCGGAUCGUGUGAUGAUGUACCCGGAGGGGAUGUUCAACCUUGAGGUUUCUGAAGCUGCAGGGAGGGGCAAAGGCGGGAAGCGUCAUGAUAUCGAGCUGCUGAACAAGGCGAGGGAUGACUUCAACGUCAAGUUGGUACCGGUAUCGGUGCAGCAUAGAGCCACGGCGGACUCCACAUGGGCCGAGUCCUUCACCAAACUUCUGGCCUUCAACCAAACACAGUAUUCUAGGGUUCUAUCGCUGGACUCGGAUGCUGUGUUGUUGGGGUCUGUAGACGAGCUGUUCACCCUUCCGCCGUCUCCAGUCGCGAUGCCACGGGCAUAUUGGCUGUAUCCCGAGGAAAAGAAGCUAGCGUCCCAUAUCCUGCUUGUCGAGCCAAGUGCGGAAGAGUUUGAGAGAGUGUUGGACGCCACAAACAAGGGCGGUGAGGACGAGUAUGACAUGGAGAUCCUCAACACGUUGUACCAGGAUAGUGCCAUGGUGAUCCCACACAGACGGUAUGCUCUGCUGACGCAGGUGUUUCGUUGGGAGGAUGGCGAGCAUGCCAAGUACUUGGGGAGUGAUCGCGAGGAGUGGGACCCGAUCGAGGUGUUUAACGAGGCGAAAUACUUGCACUUUUCGGAUUGGCCGCUACCAAAGCCAUGGCUGGGGGCGGCCGAGGACUUGCGGCAGAGGCUCGAGCCGAAAUGUCGCGACAAGGACGGCGUGGAGUCGUGCGUCGAGAGGGACAUUUGGAACGGGAUCUAUCGGGAUUUUCAUGAGAGACGUCAACGUGUUUGUGGCUAUUUGAUCGAUCCACCAGAGGGGUGA